UGAGUAGUAUAAAUACCGUGGGUACUACGAUCAGUCGGUAGGACUCUCAGUCAAAGCAAUAAUGAAAAUUUUCGUGGCUCUGUUGGCAUUUGUGGCCGUUGCCAGUGCGGCUACCGUGGGUCAGCCCAUUCAAACCCAAUCGAUCUCCAGCACAAUUGUGGAUUUGAUCGAGGGAUUAAAGGAGCAGAUGCCCUGUGGCUUCGCCGGUCUGGGCAUUCCGCCAUUGGCUCCCCUCAGAAUCGAUCAUAAGAAUAUCGACAUCGAUACUAGCGCGCUGAAGGUCAAGGGUACCGUCGAUCAUUUCCGUCUAAAUGGCCUGAACGACUUCGAAGUCGAUGAGAUGAAGGUCAACGCCAUCACCAGCAAGGUCACCUACAAGUUCUCCUUCCGCGACGUGAACGUGGACACCCAAUACGACCUGAGUGUGCUGCUGAAGAAGUUUGGAUUCACCGUUAAUUUGAUCGGUGCCGGACACGCCAAGUUCGCCAUCAAGGAUAUGGUUAUCUGGGGAACUCUGAAGUACUCGCUGGGCGUGAUCAGUGGCAACCUGAAGCUCAAGUCCCUGGAGGUGCGCACCCACUUGGGUGAGGUUGACUCCGAGAUCGAGGGAAUCCUGGGAGAUGGCACCAUCAACGAGAAGAUGAACGAAUACCUCGCCGAGGCUGUGGAGCUGGCCAUCAAUGAGAACGAGGAUCUGAUUGCCGAUACCAUCGAGACCAUUGCCCUGCCCGUGGUGAACAGCGUUCUGGACGACAUCAGCAUCGCCGAUGUGAUUUCCGGUUCCGGUGGCGAGGGCGGUGAGAAGGAGGUCUGCAUUCCUCCCGAGUUGGAGUGGUAAUUGAACCUUCGGUGAUUAAACAACCGUUUUGAAUCAAGUA